AUGCAGUUCCUGGAUAAACUCGGACCUGUUCACUACCCCCAGGAUCACCAUGGGGACAACCAAGGACACACCGAUAUGGAGGCUGAUAUGCCUGGAGUGAAUGCUUCACACAAUGACCAGGUCUGCAGCACAUGGGGUAACUACCAUUUCAAGACCUUCGACGGGGACUUUUUCCAGCUCCCCUCCACCUGCAACCAUGUUGUGACCUCACUGUGUAAGAGCAGCUAUGAGGCUUUCAACAUCCAGAUGAGGCGGCAGGUGGUGGACAACCAGCCCACCAUUAGCAAGAUCACCAUGAAGCUGGAUGGUGUAGUGGUGGAGCUUUCCAAGGGUGGUGUUGUGGUCAAUGGGCAGACGGUGACCCUGCCGUUCAGCUUGUCUGGAGUCAGCAUCGUGAAGACUACAUCCAAUGUGAAGGUCGUAGCCAAACUGGGGCUGGUUGCUGUUUGGAACAAGGAUGACUCCCUAAUGAUUGAAAUGAACGAGAAAUACAGAAACCAGACCUGCGGACUGUGUGGUGACUUCAAUGAAGUCCAAACAUAUAGCGAGUUCAUCAUCAAUGGUGGGGAACUCUCUAGCUCGGACUAUGGAAACCUCUGGAAACUGGAUGGCCCUCUGGAAGUCUGUGAGGAGCCUACGCUAACUUCUGUGGAGAGCUGUGGAGAUGAGGAAUUUUGUCAGCAGCUGUUCUCCAGUGCAGCUUUCAGUAGCUGCACUAAUUAUCUGGACAUGGACGCCUUCAUCAAGACCUGCCUUGCAGACCUGUGCCACUGUGAUAACAGCACCAACUCCUUCUGCCUGUGCAACACCAUCUCAGAGUACUCCCGUCAGUGUGUUCAUGCAGGGGGGAAGCCCCAGCAAUGGAGGACUGAACAGUUCUGCUAUAAGACAUGUCCCUUCAACAUGGAGCACCAGGAGUGUGGAAGCCCCUGUGUUGACACCUGCUCCAACCCAGAGGCCAGCCAGUUGUGUGAAGACCACUGUACAGACGGCUGCUUCUGUCCUCUAGGUACUGUUUUUGAUGAUGUCAGCAACAGUGGCUGUAUUCCAUUGAGUGAAUGCCUCUGUGUCCACAAUGGACAAGUAUACAAAUCUGGAGAAUCUUACACCAGCAACUGUAAAGAAUGCACCUGUGCUGGUGGUCAGUGGGCCUGUACAGACAAGGACUGUCCUGGGACCUGCUCUGUGGAGGGAGGAUCCCACAUCAACACCUAUGAUGGGAAAGCCUACACCUUCCAUGGGGACUGCUCUUACAUUCUGACCAAGCAAUGCAAUGGAUCUGAAUUCACCGUGCUGGGAGACAUUGUGAAGUGUGGGUUGACUGACACUCAGACCUGUAUGAGGGCUGUUACCCUUGCCCUCUCCAGCAGAUCCACCGUGAUCCAAGUCCAGUCAAGUGGAAGUGUUCUUGUAAAUCAGAUUCUUUCUCAGCUCCCACUCUAUACAGCUGAAGUGACCAUCUUCAAGCCCUCCUCAUUCUACAUUGUUAUCCAGACAACUCUUGGAAUUCAACUUCAGAUCCAGCUUUCACCAGUUAUGCAGAUCUACAUAACUGCCAUCUCAUCCUACAAAGGAACAACCUGUGGCCUUUGCGGAAACUACAAUGACGUUCAGGCAGAUGAGUUCAGAGUCAUCAGUGGAUUGGUGGAGGGCACAGCUGUAGCUUUUGCCAACACAUGGAAGACCAUGGCCAGCUGCCCUGAUGUCAAGACUAGCUUUGAGAACCCCUGCAGUUUGAGCAUCGAAAACGAGAAAUACGCCCAGCACUGGUGUUCCAUGUUAUCAGAUCCUAAAGGAGUGUUCUCCCCUUGCCAUUCUGAAAUAAGACCUGACACCUACAAAACCAACUGCAUGUAUGACAGCUGUAACUGUGAGAAGAGCGAGGACUGCAUGUGUGCUGCCGUCUCCUCUUAUGUCCACGCUUGUGCUGCCGAGGGUAUCCAGCUCAGCGGCUGGAGAGACACUAUCUGCAAUAAAUUCGCCGCCUGUCCCAGACAAACAGUUUAUACCUACAACAUGACCAGCUGUGGACGCACCUGCCGCUCCCUGAGCAUGACAGACCAAUCUUGCCAGGUGAAUUUUGUUCCAGUGGACGGCUGUGGCUGUGCAGAGGGCACCUACAUGGACGAGGCUGGCCAGUGUGUUGCCCCCACCAACUGUCCCUGCUAUGACAAGGGCUCAGUGGUCCCUGCAGGAGAGACUAUCAGCAGAGACGGUGCCACCUGUACUUGCAGACAAGGGACACUGAGCUGCACUGGGGGAGCAAGAUCAUUCAUAUGCACAGUGCCAAUGGUUUUCUUCAACUGCUCAACUGCACCUCCAGGAGCUUCAGGUUCAGAGUGUCAGAAGAGCUGCAAAACUCUGGACAUGACCUGUAUCAGCACAGAGUGCACAUCAGGUUGUAUGUGCCCCACCGGACUGGUGUCUGAUGGGAACAGAGACUGCAUCAAGGAGGAACUUUGUCCUUGUUCUCACAAUGGAGCUACUUACCAAGCUGGAGAGACUCUUAAGGUUGACUGCAAUACAUGUACUUGCAAGGACAGACAAUGGCAGUGUACCACACAUCUUUGUGAUGGAGUUUGUGCAAUCUACGGAGAGGGUCACUAUAUCACCUUUGAUGAGAAAAGGUUCAACUUUAAUGGAAACUGUGAAUACACUCUCAUUCAGGACUACUGUGGCAAUACUAAUGGCAGUGGCAGCUUCAGAGUCCUCACUGAGAACGUUCCUUGUGGAACUAAAGGCACCACCUGCUCCAAGACCAUCAAACUCUUCCUGGGGACCAGUGAGCUCAUAUUGGCAGAUGGGACCGCUCAAGUUGUCAGAAGUACUCCAGAAGAGCAGUUUCCUAAACAGAUCAGCCUUCUGGGGAAUUAUCUGGUCAUUGAAGUCAAAAGUGGUCUAAUCCUCAUGUGGGACAAGAAGACCAGUCUCUUUAUCAAGCUUAGCCCACAAUACCAGGGGCAAGUGUGUGGUCUGUGUGGAAACUAUGAUGGCAACGCAAACAAUGACUUCACCACUAGAGCCCAGGCGACAGUUGUUGAUCCAGUGGAAUUUGGAAACAGCUGGAAAGUUUCAUCAAGCUGCCCAAGUGUGUCUGCUGUAGUGCACCCAUGUGCCUCCAACCCGUACAGAGCGUCUUGGGCCCAGAAACAGUGCAGCAUCAUUAACAGUGAUGUCUUCGCAGCCUGCCAGAACCAGGUGGACCCCUCUCCUUACUACGAUGCUUGUGUGAGAGACUCAUGUGCUUGUGACAGUGGUGGAGACUGUGAGUGCUUCUGUACCGCAGUGGCAGCUUAUGCAAAGGCCUGCAAUGAAGCUGGAGCAUGCGUAGCCUGGAGAACCCCUCGAAUUUGCCCACUGUUCUGUGAUUACUACAACCCCACUGGAGAAUGUGAGUGGCACUACAAGGCAUGUGGAGCUCAGUGUAUGAAGACCUGCAGAAACCCUUCUGGAGACUGUUCUAGUUUAAUUCCAGCAUUGGAAGGCUGCUAUCCUAACUGUCCUGCGGCACAACCUUACUUCAAUGAGGAGACAAUGAAGUGUGUGGAGAGGGAACAAUGUGGCUGUUAUGACUAUGAAGGAAACCAGUACACCAAUGGACAGAAUCUUCCGGCACAAAACUGUGAAACAUGCACCUGCACAAUGACUGGAGUGAGUUGUAGUUAUGAUGUAAAUGAUUGUACAUGCUUGUAUAAUGGUAAACAACACCCGUAUGGAGAAACCCUCUACAACACAACAGAUGGGAUUGGUAACUGCAUUGUUGCUGUUUGUGCCGAGAACGGAACCAUUACCAGGAACAUUUCCCCUUGUCAAGUGACCACAACUCCAGUACCAACCACAACUUCCCCUCUGACCACAACAACUGUCCAUGCAACAACCACACUAAAACCCACAACUGUCUUCCACUUCACAACACCUGAACCAACUUCAACUUGGUCUUCUACAACAAUGGAGAUGACACCUAAAAUCACCACAAGUUCAUCAUUAAAUCCUUCAACUACAUCAUCAGGAUCAAGUACAGUCACAAUUCCCAAACCGACAACUUUAACUACAACAACUAUGGUACCCACAACAAGUGGAGAAGUAGCAACAAAGGAAGAAACCACAACUGAGACUAUCACAUCUACAAAGCCACCUAAAUUAGUCACCACUGGUAUGGCAACAACGACAUCACAUGUCACCACAAAACCAUCAGUAACUUCAAUUGCGCCAAUUACAAAAACACUACCUCACCUUACAGGUACAUUGUGGCCUUUAACAUCAACAACACAGCCCUCAACAACAACAGAAUCAGUCUUCACAGGUGGAAAAUUGACAACAGAGCCACACUCCCAAAUUACCAAUACAAACAUCCGGGAUAUUCACACACACCACAAAAACACAACAGAGAAUAUUCCAUCUACAUCCACAAAGCCACCUAAAGAAUUCACCACUGGCCCAACAACCACUUCCACCACUGUAAUUGUUGAAACCUCUACCUCAACACCACAGCCCACAUCAACAGGUGAAGAAACAACAGGGCCAGUUGGCAUUACUUCCAAUCCCACGACUUCAACAACAACAACAAAGGCACCCACCACAAAUACAGAGGAAAUUACACCUACCACAGCUGGAACUUCAACAGUUGAAGAAACCACAAUGGAGUCUAUUCCAUCUACAUCCACAAGGCAACCUAAAGAAUUCACCACUGGCCCAACAACCACUUCCACCACUGUAAUUGUUGAAACCUCUACCUCAACACCACAGCCCACAUCAACAGGUGAAGAAACAACAGGGCCAGUUGGCAUUACUUCCAAUCCCACGACUUCAACAACAACAACAAAGGCACCCACCACAAAUACAGAGGAAAUUACACCUACCACAGGUGGAACUACAACAGUUGAAGGAACCACAACGGAGUCUAUUCCAUCUACAUCCACAAAGCCACCUAAAGAAUUCACCACUGGCCCAACAACCACUUCCACCACUCCCACAUCAACAGGUGAAGAAACAACAGGGCCAGUUGGCAUUACUUCCAAUCCCACGACUUCAACAACAACAACAAAGGCACCCACCACAAAUACAGAGGAAAUUACACCUACCACAGCUGGAACUUCAACAGUUGAAGAAACCACAAUGGAGUCUAUUCCAUCUACAUCCACAAGGCAACCUAAAGAAUUCACCACUGGCCCAACAACCACUUCCACCACUGUAAUUGUUGAAACCUCUACCUCAACACCACAGCCCACAUCAACAGGUGAAGAAACAACAGGGCCAGUUGGCAUUACUUCCAAUCCCACGACUUCAACAACAACAACAAAGGCACCCACCACAAAUACAGAGGAAAUUACACCUACCACAGGUGGAACUACAACAGUUGAAGGAACCACAACGGAGUCUAUUCCAUCUACAUCCACAAAGCCACCUAAAGAAUUCACCACUGGCCCAACAACCACUUCCACCACUGUAAUUGUUGAAACCUCUACCUCAACACCACAGCCCACAUCAACAGGUGAAGAAACAACAGGGCCAGUUGGCAUUACUUCCAAUCCCACAACUUCAACCACAACAACUGCAGAGGUAAUUACACCUACCACAGGUGGAACUACAAAAGCUGAAGAAACCACAACGGAGUCUAUUCCAUCUACAUCCACAAAGCCACCUAAAGAAUUCACCACUGGCCCAACAACCACUUCCACCACUGUAAUUGUUGAAACCUCUACCUCAGCACCACAGCCCACAUCAACAGGUGAAGAAACAACAGGGCCAGUUGGCAUUACUUCCAAUCCCACGACUUCAACGAAAACAACUGAAGAGGUAAUUACACCUACCACAGGUGGAACUACAAAAGUUGAAGAAACCACAACGGAGUCUAUUCCAUCUACAUCCACAAAGCCACCUAAAGAAUUCACCACUGGCCCAACAACCACUUCCACCACUGUAAUUGUUGAAACCUCUACCUCAACACCACAGCCCACAUCAACAGGUGAAGAAACAACAGGGCCAGUUGGCAUUACUUCCAAUCCCACGACUUCAACGAAAACAACUGCAGAGGUAAUUACACCUACCACAGGUGGAACUACAAAAGUUGAAGAAAACACAACGGAGACUAUUCCAUCUACAUCCACAAAGCCACCUAAAGAAUUCACCACUGGCCCAACAACCACUUCCACCACUGUAAUUGUUGAAACCUCUACCUCAACACCACAGCCCACAUCAACAGGUGAAGAAACAACAGGGCCAGUUGGCAUUACUUCCAAUCCCACGACUUCAACGAAAACAACUGAAGAGGUAAUUACACCUACCACAGGUGGAACUACAAAAGUUGAAGAAAACACAACGGAGACUAUUCCAUCUACAUCCACAAAGCCACCUAAAGAAUUCACCACUGGCCCAACAACCACUUCCACCACUGUAAUUGUUGAAACCUCUACCUCAACAGCACAGCCCACAUCAACAGGUGAAGAAACAACAGGGCCAGUUGGCAUUACUUCCAAUCCCACGACUUCAACGAAAACGACUGAAGAGGUAAUUACACCUACCACAGGUGGAACUACAAAAGUUGAAGAAAACACAACGGAGACUAUUCCAUCUACAUCCACAAAGCCACCUAAAGAAUUCACCACUGGCCCAACAACCACUUCCACCACUGUAAUUGUUGAAACCUCUACCUCAACACCACAGCCCACAUCAACAGGUGAAGAAACAACAGGGCCAGUUGGCAUUACUUCCAAUCCCACGACUUCAACAACAACAACAAAGUCACCCACCACAAAUACAGUGGAAAUUACACCUACCACAGGUGGAACUACAACAGUUGAAGAAACCACAACAGAGACUAUUCCAUCUACAUCCACAACGCCACCUAAAGUUGUCACCACUGGCCCAACUACAUCUUCUACAACUUAUAUAAUUGUAACUUCAAGUCCAACAUCACAGCCUUCAACAACAAGUACAGAAACAACAGAGCCAGUUGUCAUCACAGGCACAUUAUCAACAACAACUCCUUCAGCAUCGCCACAAGUGAUUAUUACACCUACAUCACAAGCAGUCACCACCAGCCAGUGCAUUUGCAAUGUUAAUGGGACACAGUAUCUACCAGGGAACCUAGUGUAUAAUGUGACCGAUGCUUCAGGGUGGUGCUUCACAGCUUACUGCAAAGCAACGUGCCAAGUUGAAGUGGAAUCAAAUCCAUGUCCUUCCUCUACACCACCCACUGUAUCACCCACAACAUCAGAAGAGACCACGACCACACCACCAACAACCCAAUCCUCGCCAGACUGCACUAGCGUUCAGCCACCAAAAAAGAAUGGAGAAUCUUGGCAGCUGAAUAGCUGUACCACAGCAAUUUGCCAGGACGGCAUUGUUGUCCAGCUACCAGUAAAAUGCAAGCCAGUGGAGCCACUACAGUGUGAGAAUGGUCGUCCACCUGUCAAGGUCUAUGAUUCAACUGGAUGCUGCUUUACGUAUGAAUGUGAAUGUGUAUGCAGUGGAUGGGGUGGAUCUCACUACAUGACAUUUGAUGGAGUAUAUUACAAUUUCCAGGAGAACUGCUCAUACACCUUAGUGAAAGAAAUCAACUUCAAAUACAACCUUACCAUUAUUGUUGAUAAUCACUACUGUGGAAACGCAGACAGUGGAUUCUGUCCUCAGUCCCUUAUCAUUCAUUACAAAUCCUAUGAAGUGAUUCUAACCCAGCAGAGAUCUGGUGACACAACAGAAAAUGUGGUAUAUGUCAACAGUAAACGAAUCUACCCAGCUUACAGAAUGGGUGACAUUGCUCUAACAAGUACUGGUGUGGAAGUCGUGUUGGAGAUCACUGAUCUUAAGGUUCAGGUGUCUUACAAGGGGUCAUCAUUUAGCAUCAACCUUCCUUAUUCCCUCUUCCAAAGCAGCACAGAGGGCCAGUGUGGUACCUGUGAUAAUUCCCAGAAGAAUGACUGCCAGUCACCUAAUGGUCAGAUACAGAGCUGCUCAGUCGCAGCUAGCCAGUGGCUGAUUCCAAACCAGGACUGUCCAACUCCUCCAACAGCACCACCCUCUACCACCAUGGCAACCCCAAGCACAUCCCCUACCCCCUGCAAGACAGUCAUUUGUGAAAUCAUGAACAGCAAGGUCUUUGAGGAAUGCCAUAAAGCGGUUUCUCCUGAUGCCUUCAUUCAGGCCUGUAGAUCAGAUGUCUGCAACAAUGCUAUUUCUAGCUGCUCUAGUCUGGAGGCGUAUGCAUCUGAAUGUGCAAAUAAAGGCAUCUGCAUUGAUUGGAGGAAGUCAACCGAUGGAGAAUGUGAGCAUACAUGCCCAGCCACUAAGGUGUACAUGCCAUGUGGUCCAGCAGUUGAACCAACAUGUAAUACAAAAUAUAAUGAGAAGUAUUUGAACAACCAAACCCAAAUGACCAAUAAGACGAAGGAGGGUUGCUUCUGUCCAUCUAAAACCGUCUUGUUCAGCACCUACUCUGAUACUUGUGUGGUCUCCUGUGGCUGCACUGGACCUGAUGGCAACCCCAAAAUGCCUGGUGAUACAUGGGAGAGUGGUUGCCAGCAGUGCACCUGUGACAUGGACUCCAUGAUUGUCCAGUGCCAGCCUAUCACCUGCCCCACACCAGCCACACCCAUCUGCAAUGAGACUGGAUACAGACUGGUGAACAAGACAGAAGGCUGCUGCCAGAAAUAUACAUGUGAGUGCGAUGCACUGCUUUGCCCCAAAGUCAUGAUGGACUGCCAACCAGGGUGGGAGGCAAUUAUAAGCACGUCCAUCUCAAGUUGCUGUCCAGAGUAUACCUGUGUUCCUAAGGGUGUAUGUGUCUACAAUAACAUUGAGUACCAGCCUGGUGCUGAAGUUCCUGAAGGAACUUGUGAGAAUUGUAUCUGCAGCUCGACCAUGGAUCCUAGCACCAAGCUCAACAACAUUGUGUGCACAAAUAUCUCCUGCAACACUACAUGUUCACAGGGCUUCCAGUAUCAGGCCAUACCUGGUCAGUGUUGUGGGAAGUGUGUACAAACAAGCUGUGUGGUUACUAUGCCAGAUAAGACCAAACACACUAUUCAGGUGAAUGAAACGUGGUCACCACCUGGUGACAAAUGUGUGAAGUACACAUGUGAGAAACCUGGUGGCCAAUAUAUACCAGGGGAGGUGAAGACUGUGUGCCCUGCAUUCAGCCCAGAGAACUGUGUCCCAGGCACAGAAAAGACAGACGCAAAUGGAUGCUGCAAGACCUGCACAGAACGUAGCAAUGUCUGUGAGAUGAAGUACACCACCACUAGCAUUGUCAUCAGUGGCUGUGCGACCUCUGAGCCUGUGGAGAUCAAUUCCUGCUCAGGAAACUGUGGAACCUCUUCUAUGUACUCAGCAGAGGCGAACACCAUGAUGCACUACUGCUCCUGCUGCCAAGAGGCGACCACUAGCCAGAAAGAGGUGGAGCUGAUGUGCCCUGAUGGAUCAAAGGUCAAGCACUCCUACAUCCACGUUGAGUCGUGUGGAUGUCAUGUCACAGACUGUGAUGCAGGCACGACCACCGCCCCGGGGACAACGAGACCGCGCAGGAGGAGGCGCUAAACGUCUAGGGAGACAACAUGCACACUGACAUAGGAAUUAUCCUCAUGACAAGGAGUGUUAAGUCCAAAUUUGUUUUCUUGUUACGUUUUAAUUAAAUCUGUCAUGACAGUGUAUUUCUACAAUCGGCAGCACUUAGCAUUAUGUUCUUAUACCUUCAUUGUAAAAUUCAUGUAUUUUCUAUGAUAAAUGUGGUGGAGAAUCUCUUUUCUCAUUUGUAGUAAUUAAUAAACAACAGCAGCAUCA